UGCAACUGUGAAUUCCCCUAUCCUCACGCAUCACCUCUCUCCUGUUUGGCCUGUCUUGCGUGCUGCCCUUCGUACGGUGUCUGUCCGAUUCUUCGAAUGGUAUCUGCUUCUUGCGGUGUCCUACAAGAAUUGUGUGACGGUAUCUGUAUGAUUGGAGGCCCACAGCGUCCGAACUUGAGCGACGACUCAUCGCCUCCUUCUUGCUUAUAUAUUGGCUCCUUUUCUAUCUGUGUUACUGAGUCAGGGCUGCUCUCAGUCGACGAAAGCCCGGGUGGGAGGGUUCUGUCUGACGCGUUCGUCGUCAGGGUAUUCUCUUGAAGGUUGAUCUCUAUCUUGCAGUAUACAAAUUCAACCAUGUACCCUUCGCCUUCCUCUAUCGCUUUCGCAACUGAGCCCCCUGUGUGGUUUCUAAAAGAGAGAGUCAUUGUAGCAUGGCAGGAUGACGACCACGAUCGAACACUGCACCUCGGAGAGCCGUCUCCUCUCAACAAGGACACGAGCCUGGUGCUUUGGCUUGGUAUCCAUGAGGCUAAUAACCACGCUGUAGCGAUGUUACAACUCACAGUCACGCAUUACGUGAAGGCGAAGAGGAAAAAAUUCGAUAUAUUCUCCAUGCCUACUAGCUUGCACUUUGCGGACCUUGCCCCUAUCCUUUCGAUCGACGAGAUGCCUAUACACGUCUCGCGCAUGUUUGAAGACAUCGAAGGAUCUUCCAGGUCCCGCUUUCUGCGACUAUCUCUACAGAAGACUGUCCCGAGUCAGACUUUGAUGCCCAUUCGCAAGACCGCUCGACAUGUACAAGGCGCAGCUGAGCAUGUUAUGCUUUCGGCGAAGACUUUUUCCGAAUCGGUCGAGAUGUUCGACAUCUACAUGGGCUACAGCACGUACGCUCAUCAGGCCUUGGAAAACCGCAUGGCUGUUCUCAAGACCAAAUACGCCCCUCCUGAUAUCCAACUAGCCUUCUCGUAUAAUCACAACGGUGGUGCUUUCAACUCGUGGGACGACUACCUUGACACGGCUCAUCCUCGCAAAGCGACCGAUAUUGAUCUGGUCCCUAACCGACACGCGCACAAGAGAAGAAGAACAGGGUACCGUCAAGGAGAAGAGAAGGGCCAGAGAGAGGAGAAGGAUCAAGGGGCAGAUGUUCAGGGUCUACGAGCUGAAGGAGAAGAAGCCCCACCAGCAUACACAAAAGCAUGCACUCAGGUUCAAGUGCCAGCAAGCGAUUGUGCGCCCUCCCCACACUCAGUCAGAUGCAGAGAUGGUACAAUCGUUCCAACGACACCCCCAAACCAGAGUUCACGCACCCUGUUGGACCCACUCGAUACCCCUGCAUCCCUUCCACCUGGACCCCCUCUAUCCCCACACGGCGACCCCCUACACGUCAAACCCCCGCAAUACGCACCCCUCGACGCGCGCUUCCUCCCACUCACGAACGAACGCUCAGAUGUUCCUGUCGCAUUGCACGAAGCUUUUGUGACAUGGCUAUUCAGCAUGGGAAAGCUACGGCCUCAUGUAUACGAAGAUCCAAAGCUUUAUAACAUGCUGGUGGCGUUCGGACUCGCCAUCAACCGAUGCGAUGUGGCUCGCUUUCCUAACAUAAAAUCAAGGGCGACCUCGCUAGUAUUGAAGCUUCAUGUCACAACAUCAAUGCCGCGAGUUCGAGACUGGAGCAGCCCAGCAGAAAGGCACGUUCAGAGGUUGGUCAGGUGGAUGUGUGGUUACGUGCUUCAUGCUGACGAGGACAUGAUCGAUGAUCUCCUGCUUCUGACGCAAAAGGCUGUUGACUUGACAGAGCAGGAUCAAGCCUCUAGAGAAGAAUACUUGCUUCAGGAAGCUACCUGCAUUGCAAACUUCUUCGUCAGAUAUGCUCAGCCUCUGUUACGCUACUUGGAAAGGUAAAGUGUUCUCUCUGGGCAUUCUACCUGUGUGAAACAAUCAUCUUACCUUUCGACGGCUACUUUGAUGCCCAGCAGUCUGCACUUGGGAGUCUCGUUUAUGUUGCAAUUUGUCUUCAGAUACACCAGACCAUAUUAGAUAGCCAAGCCAUGAACAACCUAUUUGCAACCA